UUAUUAUCUAUUUUAUUUUAUUUCAACUAGCUUUCCUUUCUUUUUUUUUUUACAUUUAUUUAUUUAUUUAUUAAUUACAUUUUACAUAUAAAAAAGAUGCUCUCUGUUCGUAAUAUGCUCACAGAAAAUAGUGUGCAACAAGAAGCAAAAGUAUAUAGUAGACCGUCUGUUUUGGAUAUCUCAUUCUUAUUAUGUUCAAAUACUGUUCCAACACAAAAGAAUCAUUCAUACCUUCAACAAGACUAUCCAUACCCUAAUGAUUAUUCUAAAUUAAGCAAUGAGGAAGAAGAAGAAGAAGGUUAUAUGAACUUGUAUUGGACAAAACGAUCAUACGAUAAUAAGAAAACACGACAAGUAGUAUCUCCUUAUAGUUUACUAGAUAAACGACAAAGAAGAUCUUCAAGGCAAAAUCAACUUGAAUCAAAAAAGAUAGAACAAGAGCUUUUACAUACUCAUCGACGACCCUCUUCUUCUUCUGUUUACUCAUGUUCUUCAAGUAGUAGAAAUUCAAGUGAUGAAAGUGAAGAUGCUUUACCUUUAAAGGCAAAGAGACGAAGAGCCUCUUCUAAACAAUUAGAUGUAUUGAAUAAAGUCUUUGAAAGAACAUUUUUCCCUUCUACUCAAUUAAGAGCUGAGUUGGGUCGUCAAUUAGGAAUGAGUCCAAGGACAGUUCAAAUAUGGUUUCAGAACAGACGUCAAGCAAUUCGUGCAAGAGAACGAAAUAACUGCUCUUCUUCUACUUCUUCUAUCAGUCGAGAAAAUUCAAUCUUAUCUGAAUAAGUAAAUUCCUUUUUAACCCCAGAUGAUAUCCCCCUUUUUUUUUUUCUUUUUCUUUCUAUAACAAAAACAAAAACAAGACAAAAAAGGAAGAAAAAUAAACUCCUCUUAUUCCUCAUUUCCCUCUCUUUUUAUUUUUUAUAUGUUUCUUUUUCUCUAUCUUUUAUUUGUAUAUAUACACAUUAAUGCAUUAUAAAGUAAAAAAUAUAAAAUAUAAUUCUUU